AGUACCGUGUAGUGGAACAUUUCUAGAGUAGUAACAGUCUUUUACUUUUUCAUAUUAUUGUGCCUGAACCGCUUUCUUACGAUGCCUUCAGUUGAAAUCUUUACUGUCGAAUACGACGCAGUGAAUGAAUUCGUGACUUUUUCGGAGGGAGACACUAUAAAAGGGACUGUAACUCUGGCCUUAUCCAAGGAAACCUCAGUUCAAAGCCUGUUUGUCAAGGCGAAAGGGGACGCUAACGUCCGGUGGUCUGAGAAGAGCGGUAACAGUACUCAUACUUACUUUGCGCAUACAAGAUAUUUCAAACUAAAGGAAUUUUUAAUUCCAGAGAGCGCCAGCGAAACAGUUUUUCCCCAAGGGACCCAUGUCUACAGAUUCAGCUUCCAAUUACCACCAGGAAGCAUGCCUUCAUCCUUCAGAGGGACUCACGGAAAAAUUGUCUACAAGCUAGAAGCAAAGCUGAUAAGGAGCUGGAGGAUGAACAGUACAGCAGAGAAGGAGAUCAAAUUUGUCUCCAAAUGUGUUCCAAACCUUCAUUCUCUGAUGUCACCGCAAGUUGGUUCAAUAAACAAAGAGAUGGGUUUUUUCUCAAAAGGACACGUACACAUGGACGUAACUGUUGACAGGAUGGGUUACUCAGCAGGUGAAACAAUAGUGGUUCUUGCUAAAGUUGACAAUUCUUCAUCCAGUGACAUGACACCGAAAUUUAGCUUAAUACGGGAAGUCGUGUACCAUGCCAAUAGCAGAACCAAACGUGAGAAUACAGUUUGCCAUAAAGUUGCUGACAACUGUAUUAAACCAAAAACACAGAAGGAGCUCAGAUGUGAAAUAAAGAUUCCUAGUGAUCACAUGCUGACAAUCCAGAACUGUGAUAUUAUCUCAGUGGAAUACUGUUUAAAGGUAUAUCUGGACAUCAGCUUUGCUUUUGAUCCAGAAGUUCUGUGCCCAGUGGUCAUUUUACCUCCUGGCUUGGUUCCUGGCUGUCUGAGUAAUAUGAAUGUAGGUCCCUAUCCAACAGGCGCUAUUGGAGGUCCAAGCAACAGUGACUUCCCUCCCCCCGCAAUGCCCAUGGGCCUUCAACCUAUGUCUCCACAUUCAGGCAGUUAUGGAUAUCCAGGAGACCAAAGCUAUUCAGCACCACCACCUAUUUACCCAAAUAACCCUGCUGUAUAUGGUGGACCAGCGGGCGUGCAAUCUUCUCAGCCAACACACAUGUUUGGAGGCUACAAUAACCCAGUGCCACAGGUGCCUUUGCCAUAUGGAACUCCAUUUUCAUCUUCAUCAUCUUCUUUCCUGCACCCGCCACCACCCCCACACCUACAAUUUUACCCAACCCCACCCCAACAAUUUCACCAACCCCCAUCUGCCCUUGAGCGCCAGCCAUCUCCUUCUAUUCAAUCUCCAGUACCUCCUGCAUACAACAUGGUGCCUUCUACACCAGUGAUGAAUGUAGACUUCCUGUCUCAAUCAGAUGGAGCUCCUCCGUCAUAUUCACUCCUUUUCCCAGACAAAUCUGAUGCAAAAUAACUGACUAAAUACUAAAUGGUUAAUUAGUGUGUUACUAAGUUAUAAACUAAACCUGUGUAGGUAAAUAUUUGAUAUUAGACCACCCCUAUUAUGUCUUGAACAAUUCUUUAUUAAAAUGAAAUUGUUAAUGUAUGCAGUAUUUAUCAUUUAGUCACCUAUAUACUGGACUUUAUAUAUACUGGACAUAAAUAAGACUCUUGCACUGCAUGUGAUUUAAUGGGCAGGUCAGGUCGCUCAUUAACUUCGUUCAGCUACUUAUGCCUUAAUUAUCACGGUGAACUGUAUUUUGCAUUGUUUAAAGUGCCCUUUUUUAGUAUCAAUAUCUGCCUCAGUGCUCUGUUUAGAGGAAUAUUAUAAGAAAUUGCCAACACUGCAUCAGGCUUUUUAUACACACACACACACACACACACACAUAUAUAUAUAUAUAUAAUUUAUUUGUAUUAAAAAGCUGAAAAGAGAUAUUUAUUUCCUCUGUACUUUAGUGUGUUGAGUUUAUCUAAGUUCAAUGCAGUUUUACCUAUGUAGCGUCAAAUCACAACAACAGUCGAAAGUGUUUAACUACUUUUCUUACCUCUUUUAUAAAUAUUUAUUAUUAUAAAAAGUUACUUUUUUUUGCAAACUUGACAGUUUUUUCU